GAGAAGGAACGAAGCGGCGGGGUGGCUGAGGAAGAUGGUGGGAGUAGUGGGGGCGAAGGAUUUGCCGGCGGAGCCGUUGGAGCAGGAGUUACGGCUAGGAUUGAGAGGUGGGAUCAUUCUCUGCAAUGUGCUCAACAAGGUUUACUCUGGAGCUGUGCCCAAGGUGGUGGAAAGUCCAUGUGAUUCUGCUUUGGUUCUUGAUGGGGCCGCAUUGUCCGCAUUUGGCUGCUGUAUUUUAUGCACAGAAAAGGAAAUAUUCUGAUAAGUUAGGACCUCAAUGGAGCAAGGAGGAGCUUGAGCAUUUUUAUCAAGCCUAUUGGAAAUAUGGAAAA